ACAGGAGAAAGACUGUGCCUCUCUGUACGAGAUGAAAACAUACGUGGAACCCAAUGAGAUUGAGCCCUCACUGCCUCAAAGUACAGUUAGGGCUCUAUAUUGCUACCAGUCGAAAAGGCCAGAUGAGCUCAGCUUCACUAAAGGAGCUUUGAUACACAAUGUAACAAAGGAGAACGACGGAUGGUGGAGGGGCGACCAUGGUGGAAAGGUGCAGCUGUUCUUCCCAUCCAACUAUGUAGAGGAAUUGAGCAACAACACCAAACUUGAGACCAAAGACCAGGACAUGGAAGACAACCCACUAGGUGAACUAUGUAAGGGUGUUGUGGACAUCUCCAAGUGCAACAUCCAGAACUUUCUACAGGUUGUUGUGUCUCAGAACCUGGUGGAGGAAAAAGUUACCUCAAACACAAAUGACGUGGUAUAA